ACCUCUUUUCCUGUCUGCACUAAGUUAUAUUCCUGUCUUUUCCCCUACCCAGGAUACCCUUUUGCCUUGUUCCAGCGCUAUUUCCUCUUCCAGAAGGAGGUCUACCUCAUUCACCUGUUCAACACCCUCACGGGGCUCUCAAUUGCCUACUUCAACUUUGGGAUGCAGUUCACACACUCCCUGCUGUGCAUCCUGAUCCAGUUCCUCAUACUAAGGCUAAUGGGCCGUACGGUAACUGCUGUCUUGACCACCUUCUGCUUUCAAGUAACAUACCUUAUGGCUGGUUAUUACUUCACUGCCACAGAGAAUUAUGACAUUAAGUGGACCAUGCCACACUGUGUCUUGACUCUCAAGCUGAUUGGCUUGGCCAUCGAUUAUUAUGAUGGAGGGAAGGAUUUGGAAGUCCUGACCGAUGAGCAGAAGCAGUUUGCAGUCCGUGGAGUUCCUACCUUACUGGAGGUCUCAGGUUUCUCCUAUUUUUAUGGUGCCUUCAUGGUGGGGCCCCAGUUCUCCAUGACAGACUAUCAGAAACUGGCAAGGGGUGAGAAGACUGAUGUUCCAGGCCAGAGACCCAACAGCCUUGUGCCUGCUGUCAAGCGCCUUAUCCUAGGCCUCUUCUUUCUGGUAACUUAUGCCCUGUUGAGCCCAUAUGUCUCUGAUGAAUACCUCAUCUCUGAUGCAUACCUGGAACAGCCUUUUUGGUUCCGCUGCUUCUACAUAUUGAUUUGGGGCAAAGUGAUACUCUACAAAUAUGUCACCUGCUGGCUUGUCACGGAAGGCGUCUGCAUCCUUGUUGGCCUUGGGUACAAUGGCCAGGAUAUGAGUGGCAAACCAAAGUGGGAUGCUUGUGCCAACAUGAAGAUUUGGUUAUUCGAGACAACACCCUUCUUCACAGGGACCAUUGCUUCCUUCAACAUCAACACCAACGCCUGGAUGGCGCGUUACUUCUUCAAACGGCUGAAGUUCUUGGGUAACAAGCUGCUGUCACAGGCAUUAACCCUGUUCUUCCUGGCUGUGUGGCAUGGGCUGCACUCUGGCUACUUGGUGUGCUUCCAAAUGGAGUUCCUCAUAGUCAUCGUUGAGAGACAGGUCAUGGACCUCAUGCAGGACGCUCCUGUUCUGAGGGCCUGGGCCUCCAUAACGAUCCUGAAGCCUCUCUACUAUGUGCUACAGCAAGCUAUCCACUGGAUGUUCAUGGGUUACUCACUGGUACCAUUCUGCCUUUUUGCCUGGGACAAGUGGGUCAAGGUGUAUACAUCUAUUUAUUUUGUAGGCCACAUACUAUUCCUCACUUUAUUCCUCACGUUGCCUUACAUCCGCAGAGCACUUGUGCCAAGAAAAGAAAAGCUAAAGAAAGCAGAGUAACAGUUAAAAGUUUGUACCGUGUGUGAACUGUCACAGGUGAUGGACUCAUCCCUUGCUGAAGCAUCACCUGCCAAGUUUGCUGUGUUCAAGUUCAACCGUUCUGUCAAUGUGAUGAUGGGAACAGAGAGUACAGGGUCAGAGACCCCACUGGUGAGGGGUGCAGGGAGCAAUGCCCCUCCACUUCCCACACCCUCUACAUGUUGCCUUAUCUCUGCUGCUCUCUGGUGGACACUCCUUUCUGCUGAAUUCAGAUGAUUGUAAAGCACUAAACACCACCACUAUGUGGGGAUGGAACCACCUCGAAUUUUUUUACUUCAGUCAUCCCAGAUAAAAAAAAGUUGUUCUGUUAUUUUC